AUGGCAGAUAUCCCAGCCCGACCAGAUUCUGGUCUGGGUAUGGAUGGAGAUGAACCAAGCCUACUUGAUGGAUGUUUUGUCAAUACUGCUGGCAAUCAGGCGGUAUUCCCACGACCAAAGAAGAAUCGCCACAAAAGAGUUCGAUUCUUACAGUAUACAAAACCUAAUGGCAAUAUCAUAACUGACAAGAAAAACUAUAUACCAACUGGUCUUGUUAAUGAAAAGCCACUGAAACAAGAAGAAUUGCAUUUCCUAGCUAAAACUGGAUAUUACCUAUCGAAUCAACAUCAAAUCGAUACUAAUGAGGAAGUAAUCAAGACAAACCCAUUGGUUGAAGCUCCAUUCAAACAAGCUCAGGAGAAGAAACUGGAACCUAGAAUAAAAAAUAACCUAGCACCAGCUGAAAAACUACGCCAAGCUACGGCUAAAAAGGUAGUACGUGUUAAAGAUUUCAUCUUAGAUGUACAGCAACAACAAUUAUUGGCCAAGAAACAACAAAGAUUACAACAACGGGAAGAAGAAAUGUUUACUAUCAAGGGUAAAUUUAGCCCACGUCAUGGUGUAUACAAUGGAUAUUCUCCUCGACAGCUCCAUCAAUUUAAUGAGACGUCAACAAAUCAUAACGAAGGACAAGUUGUCAUAAAACGACCAGAAACUCAAAUACCUUCAAAUCGACCAGAAAAAUCUCAACAUAACCAGUGGUUUAGUCAGUCAGUUAAAAUUAUAACUCCGCAAUCGCCAAUAGGAAAGUUUAACCAGCGCCAAUAUGAUACUGCUUCUAGCCCAAGAUAUGACAAUAAUACUACAACUCGACCAGUAACUCAAUUUCCCACUAAUCGAGUAAAAAUGCAACAUCAGGGAAACUUCUUAAAUCAAAAAGACAGUUAUGAUCAUAUUAGACGACCAGUUACUCAAUUACCUACAGAAAGGCUCGAAAAGCAGCAGUGGGAAUUUAGGCAUUUAAAUCAACGUCCAACGAGUAAGAAUUCGUCAGCAAGUGGUGCUUUGAAGAAAGGAAGAUUAUUACCAAUGGAACUAAUUCGUCAGCCUGAGGGCCAGCCUGAUAUUACUAAAUGUGUUGGUAUUGUUUCUCGUGGCCGAAAUUUAAAUUUGAGAAAUGGAAUGACAAAUAGUGCCGACUAUACUCGCCCAAAGCAUCAACCAUCACUAGCUAUCUAUAACCGUUUGAGAAUUCAACAAUUCGAUUUAUUAACAGAUAACUCCAGCAAUAAAGAAUAG